AUGUCGGAGACCAUCACGGGCAACAUCACCGGCAGCUUCGACGAAGCGUGGAAGGCGAUGAAGACCUUCGCGGAACAGGCGUCGGCGUGGUUGGAGGACUUCGACAACCCGGAGGGUCGUGUGGCAUAUGCACGCGCGAGAGCGAUCGACGCCAUGGCCGAUCACGUGACUGGGGAGGUGGGCGAAGCGAAGCUCGCCGUGCAGCCGCCGCCACCGCCUCAUCCCACGCCGCCCGCCCUCCCGGAAGAGCUCUUGAAGUCGUUCAAGGCCGACAUCAUGAAGGCGGUGACGGAGGCCACCCAACAGUCUUUCGUUGCUUCCGGGAUGAAGAUGAUGACCGAGAUGAUCGGCACUCUGGCGCCUGGUCGACGUGGGUCGUCGCCGUCGGCCAAUGACGCCGAUCACGCGCAACGGAGGACGGCCGACAAGCAGGGCCUGAAGAGGACGGGCGACAGAGACGACAAGGAAAGCGCGAAGCGGAGCAAGGGAUCGGACGGGAGCCGCGGCUCGAAGCCUGCGGCACAGAGCGUGGUCGACCAGCUGAAGACGAAGGCGGGGUGGAAGGUGAUAAGGACGUCGAACGGCAAGGGAGGCGGAAGCGGGGGGGCAGAGGGUGGCCCUGCCGACGGGGUUGCCGCUAACGUCGCCGCUCCGCCUGGCCCGCCUUUGGUCGCCGAGCAGACCCAUCCUCAGGCGAGCGGUGGGAAAGGCGUGACCGACAAGGAGGUCCCAACUGCUCAGGUGGCGAAAGAUGGCGGCGCCGGAACCACCAAGGGACCGUCCGUCGCGGUGGCGGCCAAGGGCAACGCGAAGGCUGCUUCUGCCUCGGUCGCCGGCACCACCAAGUCGAAUCCCCGUAACCACCUUGCGGCUACCAGCGCGCCUGCCGGCCAGUCAGGUGCGAACAAAGAUGGGGAGGCCCGUGCGGCCCCUCCUGCUCCGGUAGCCCCGUCUACCGCCCAGGGCGACGCGAAGGCUGCUUCGGCUAAGGGCGAUGCUCCGGCAUCAGCUAAGGGCCCCCCCGAUGGUAACGCGCUUAGGGCGAUGCUCCGCCGCAUGGAGGCACAUAGCAGGGACGUGCAGCAGCAUCCCGUGGUCGACGCCGGCCUUGCCGGAACAGCACGUCGCUCAGUCACUCCGCAGGUUGCCGGCACAUCGUCCGGUGCCCCGCCUGCCGCGCCUCCGGUCGCCGCCCAACCCCCUGCGGACCCCAAAUCCGCGUUUCUUCGCGCCCAUUUAGGCGCACGCAAAGCGGUGACUCAGCCGGAACCCGGCAACAACACGACGCCGACGUCGGUAAACGCGACCGCACCCUCACCAGGUGCAGCUGUUGUCGAUGCGGCCGCGGAGCAGGGAGUGAGUGCAGCGCUAGCCACCGGCGGCCGCGCCGACAAGCAUGCCAAACUCGCUGCCGUCCUGGCCCAUUUUGAAGCAGCAAAACGCCCCGAGCACGCCCCUGCUCUGGCCAUCAUGGACUCGGCGCAUGUGGUGCCGUCGGCGACCCACGGAGAGGGUUCGGCGGAGCCGACGACUGCAACGAGUGCUGUCGCCGAGAGAAAUGCUGGACGGAAGGGGAAGGACGAUACCGGGAAAGGGAAGGCGGUCUCUCAGAGGAGCACGCGGGCGAUGUCUGCGGGGAAGGAGAUGUCGGAAGAGAAAGGGAAUCAGGACAAGACGGGCGGCAAGGGUAAGCCGGCGAAGAAGAAGGAGAAGGCGGAGGAGGAGGACGAGGAGGGUGGCGAGGGAGAUAAAGAGCAUGGACGCAGGGGUCAUGGCAUCCGCCAAGACAGGUCCGGCGACGGGCAUGGGUGGGUGGGCGAGAUUAAGGUAAACGGACAGAAUCGAUACAUCGGCAAGUCGAGGGAGAAGAUGGAGCUGGCCUACGAGCACGCGAUUGCGUACGUCGUCUACGACGGCUACGUGAGCAAGGUGCUCAUGAAGGAGCUCACCGUCUUGAAGUCGGGGGAGUUGGAUAAAUGGAAGGAGGUGUGGGCGGAGGUCAAGUUCUUGCCGACUGGGAUGUGGACGGUGAUGUGGGCCAGAGGCUUGUGCCAUCCGAGAGCAAGGUUCGACAAUAUACUCGGCAGGUACCGUGGGUACGCGAGUUCGGGUGAUGCGCUUCAUGACGUGCUCUGGCCGGCGAUCUGGUUCCCCAUCAUCAAAAACACGGAGGAAGGCAAGGAAGAGACGGACGCUCUCAUGUCAGCGAUGGUAAAUCGCGUGUCGAUGUGCGUGACGUAUGGGAAGGUCGAUGCGAGCGUGGAGGGGAAGGCGGGAGAGAAGACGGAGAUGGAAGGCGCGGAGGGGAAGGCGGACGAGAAAACGGAGAUGGGGGCCCAGGCGUUAGCGGCAUCGGCAUGCGCCCUCUGGUGCUUCGUGGAGACGGGGGCGUCGGUGCUCGGUGCUGUGGGCGAAGGGAAGGCGGCGGCGAUGGUGGCAGGUGCGGGGGAGGAGAGGGCCGAGGACUUCAAGAAGGUGAUGCUCGCGGUGAUCGACUUAGCACGCAGUAGGCAGGCUCCCGCGGGGGAGGUUGCACAUAACGUCGCGCCAGCGCUGCAGAGCCAGGCAGUGGCCAGGGCCUUCAAGGAGGGAGUUGAGGAAGUCGAGGCCGACAUGAUUGCUAGAGCGACUGUCGAGACCUUGGCGUUCUGGGGAAUGUGCCCCGUCGCCGGGCCCAAGCUCAAAGAUUAG